GCUCAGACGUCUGUGAGCAUGUUCUCCCUGUCUGUGAUGGUGGGGCUGGUGCCCAUCUUGUCUCUCUUCGGUCUCUUCUACUCGGCUGCAGUGGAUGAGAACUUCCCUCAGGGCUGCACCAGCAGCAGCAGUGUGUGUUUCUACAGCCUGCUGCUGCCCGUCACCAUCCCCGUCUACGUCUUCUUCCACCUUUGGAGCUGGAUCGGGAUCAAGCUCUUCAGACAUAACUAGCAUGUUCUGUUCUACCUGAAAAUACGUCAGUACCAAUAAAUCAUCUGCUGUCAUCUUA